AGCUAAGCGGUUCACUUCCGGUUUCUUCUGCCGUAUUGACAUCCGUCUCACUCAUGCCCGGUGCACCGCUGUCCAAAGCAGACUUUCCCCGGGCCUUGUAGCAGCGCGUAUCCGUCACUCGGGGGCCGCUGUCGGUGCCACAUGAGGAGCGGGCUGUAGGAGCUCAGCAGCCGGACAGGAGGGAGAAUGCUCGGGCUGCUGAUGCUGCUUCUCGGCGGGUUGCUGGAGGUCUGCUCCGGAGCCUCAGCGAACAGAGGCGGCUAUCCCACAUUCACGGACGAAAUCCCCUUCAGAAUCACCUGGCCGGGUGCUGAAUUCACUCUGCCAGCUACUGGGGGACUCUACAAGGAAGAUGACUUUGUCAUCAUGACAACAACCGAGAAGGAGAAGUACAAAUGCCUCCUGCCGUCCCUGACAUCUGGAGAUGACGAUGACGAUAAGGACUACGGCGGACCCAGUCCGGGUCAGCUGCUGGAGCCCCUGUUCAAACGAAGCAGCUGCUCCUACAGGAUAGAGUCGUACUGGACAUAUGAAGUGUGCCAUGGAAAGCAUAUAAGGCAGUACCAUGAAGAGAAGGAGACUGGCCAGAAGAUUAGUGUUCAAGAGUACUUCCUGGGCAACAUGGCAGAGAAGAGCCAACAGUCAACGGAAACCGAUAAACGCGAAGAGGAAGAAAAUGUCAAAUCAGCAGCUGAUAUUGAAGUUCCCACUAAGAACAUAGAAGGUCAGCUGACUCCCUUCUUUGCGUUGGAGAUGGGGAAUGGGACUCCCUGUGUGCUGAAACAGAACGAGGCUCGCUCAACGUCCGUGCUGUACGUCUGUCACCCAGAGGCCAAGCAUGAAAUCUUGUCCAUUGCUGAGGUCACGACCUGUGAAUACGAGGUGGUGGUGUUGACACCGCUGCUUUGUGCACACCCCAAAUACAGGUUCAAGUCCUCCCCGGUGAACGCCAUCUUCUGCCAGUCUCUGGCAGGCUCCCCCUUGCAGCCUCGGCGGCUCGCACAGCUGGAUAAGGAGCAAGAGGAACAGCUUAAGCCGCCUUUCAGCGCCCCCUCUGGCACCCGAGAGGAGGAGACGCCACCACUGAGAGAAGAGGCCUUCAGCUCCACCCACAAACCCAUGACUGUCGGAGGGCAGUCUCAGGUCACCGUCGGCACCACCCACAUCUCUCGCUUGACGGACGAUCAGCUGAUCAAGGAGUUCCUCAGUGGCUCAUACUGUCUCCACGGGGGGGUAGGGUGGUGGAAGUAUGAGUUCUGUUACGGCAGGCACGUCCAUCAGUACCACGAGGAUCGAGAGCAGGGAAGGAACACGGUGGUGGUGGGGAACUGGGAUGCCACGGAGCACAACGAGUGGGCCAAGAAAAACGUCGCCCGGUCCUACCAGCUCAAAGACGACGGCGUGCCGAAAGUCAAGUUGGUUUCCCACUUUUAUGGCCACGGGGAUGUUUGCGAUAUGACAGGGAAGCCCAGGCAGGUCAUCGUGAAGCUCAAAUGUAAGGAGUCUGAGUCUCCCCAUGCUGUCACUGUCUAUAUGCUGGAGCCUCAGACCUGUCACUACAUCCUUGGGGUUGAGUCUCCGGUCAUAUGCAGAAUUCUUGAUACUGCUGAUGAACAUGGACUUCUUUCAAUCUCCAGCUAAAUAAGCAAAGAUCAUUUGAUGGCAUCAGCACGUGAAGGAUGAGGAGUAGACGGACGCGGAGAGAUGCACUUGUUACGAGAGGACAUUUAUCAUAAAGCAGAAGCCUGUUUGGCGGAGGAAGAGGGCGAGAUGCCCAUAAUACUGCGCUAAAAGCCACAAUCAAAAUGUGGUGAAAGUUGACGGUGAACCUCACAACCCAAACUCAGACCGUCUCCUGAUCUGUGCUACGGGCGAUGUCACAUCCAGCCGGCCAGCUCACACUGCAGACGCCUCACUCCACAAGGCAGUGUGUUCAUUGCCUGUACUCCAAAUCUAGGCUUCACUUUGUGUUGAUUAAUUGCAAGGAAAGGCGUUUUGAAUCAGGGGAAUGGUUAACAUCAGGGGAAUUAUUCAUGGUUUUAUUUUCUUAAAGAUUCACGUGUGUGUGUGUGUGUGUGUGUGUGUGUGUGUGUGUGUGUGCGUGAAAUGAUUUGCUGUUUGACUGUGGCACUUGUGGAAAGGAGGGAAAGCAAGUGUGAAUGUGAUUGGUGUUCAUUUACAGGAUGAGUGAGGGUAACUUAUGCAUUAGCGGGUGCUGUGGAAAAACAACAAAAUUGAAUGGUUGAUUAAAGUUUCCUUUUUAAGUUUU